UGACAUUGGUCGGAGUUAUUUACACAUGUCAUUUUGUAACCGCCCCCAUAAGUAUUAAACCAAAGAUCUGCACUUCGAUCAAACGCCGAUUUGAUUAAAAUGUGCACCUAAUACGGUUUAACAGAUUAAUUACAUUGUCGAACCUAACGAAGUGUGGAAUUAAGAAAACGCAAACAGUGGGCGAAAAAUGACAGAAUAGGGUAUUUUAUUUAGAAGUAGUAUUGACCAAUUAUUCUCUAUUCUGUAAACCCCAUCCAGCCCUCAUAAUAAACUGGACUUUAGAGGAAUGUAGUCAGUACCUAGAGCACUUUUUCACUGACGAUAAAGGAAACAAACUAAGACUGAUCUCGCUAUAGAAGAAUGGUACAUUUAACACCGAGAUCAUCUGUCAGCUCGGGAGCCGUUACACCUGUUUCGCCGUAUCCAGGAUUUGACCAAAAUGGGACCUACCGAAACCCUGUUCCAGUGGCUCGAUUAAAGUUUCAAGGUGUUGAUUUUGCAGAGAAACACAAGGGUUCUAUCGAUAAAUGGGUAUUCAGGCGUGACGAUAAAACACUUGAAUCGCCCCGACCUGUUCCAAGGUGCCCGACUGCCGAAUCGUUUGAGAAUUAUAAUCGUGGCAAGUAUGGUUCUAUUAAAACUAUAAUAAAUGGUGAAGCUACACCAAGACCAGAUUCAGCUCCUUGUAGAAUUAAAUCUGAAGGAGAACCAAUUGCUUCGAUAAGCAGAGGGAAACGUAUGAGGAAAAUCGUACACGAAUUUGGCCAAUCAGCUCCUUCUCCAGUCAUACCAAGAGUUAAGCCAGAAGCGGAACAAACUGCAGAAGUUCAUAAGGGUGGUAGAAUGAAUCGCUUGAUCCAUAGUUAUGCCCAAGGCCCUUCAUCAGCACGACCUGUUCCAAGGGUUAAACCGGAAGCUGAAAAAACAGCAUCGAUUCACACAGGCAAACGUAUGAAACCGAUCGUUCAUUCGGGACUUUACAUGAACGGGAUAAUUUCAGAACCUGCAAUCCCAAGAGUUAAACCAGAAGGUAGUCAAAACGCAGAACUUGCAAAAGGAAAGAGGAUAUUAAGAUUAUUCCAUGAUUACGGACAAAUUCCGCUGUCAAGCAGACCUGUUCCUAGAGUUAAAACAGAAGGUGAUCCGAAUUACGUAUUAGAUCAAGGCCAUAGAAUGGAAACUCUAAUGCAUUCGGGCAAAAUUAUGAUGAGCCCUAAACCAGAUCCACGAGUAACCACACCAGACGCAACUCGAAAUUUAAAUAAAGGUAGAUCUGGUAAACUAAAAUACAUUUUACGAGAAACUGGGAAGAAAACAUGCGUACAUAUUCCAGGACGGCAAUCAAAACAAUUUACUCAAGCGAACACUAUAUGACAUGUCAGUUAUAGACUACAGCAUUUCUCUUGUGAUUAAGCUUUGUUACAUUAGAAUUCCAUUACCAGUUAAGCUUUAUUUUAACCCAGUAUGAUUCAAAUUGUACGGUGUCACCUAACCUGCAAUACCAAUGUUCAUGCAUGCAAAUGCCUAGUGGAAAAUAUGUGUACGUUUUAAUCUAAUGGUAAUUAAACGAAUCAAAAUUGAUACUCUAUAGCUGGAAUAUAUAACUAACCUGUUCAAUGAUAAUAUCGAACUCUAGUUACACAUGAUAGUCACGGAAAUACAAGUAGUCUUCAUCAACUUUUACCAGAAUUUAGGGCAGAAAUUUAGCUUUAAGCUUUGUUUGUUACAUUCAACUGUGUUAUAUAGACAGUCACGGAUAUUAAAACAACAUUUAUAUUAGUUGCAUAGAUACCAUGGAUGAUUAAACAUAUAUACAAUACCUUUA